UCGGUCAGCUGGUCGGUUGUGGGACCGCCUUGAAUGUUGGCGUACAAGCGCGCGGAGCAGUUGGCUUUUGCCAGGGCUCCAGGAAGGAUGCGCGAUCGGGGGUGUGCGCUUCUCGAGACUGUCACCGGUUUCCUGUGUGCCGGCCGCUUUACGGCCUACAACGCGGCACCAUAGCCUCGGCCAUUCAAUCAAACAAAUCCUUCUUACCUCGAGGUUUAUUCAUCCGUCCGGCGUAAGGAGUGAUCGACGUAUUUACUUCGGAUACGUAAAAAUUUGACGAGUCAUUUUCUACGGUGGAAAACGAGGAUCGUCCGUGUUCAUUACUUAUCGUGUACUUAUUGUUCUUAAAGUUUCACCUCCAAACUGAAAACUUACAUUCUCAAGGUUAGAGAAGCAACGAUAUCCCGGGCACGACAGUAGUGCGUUCGGUAUUUUUACGACGCGCUUAGGUUAAGUGUCACUCGAUGUACUAGCACCGAACGAGUUGCAAAGUGGAAAGAUAUUCAUCGCGUCGAUUAUCCGAAAGAUUCUUCGACGAAUAUCGCACGAUCGUUGGUUUUUACCGAAGAAUAAACGUUGUUCGUUGUCACGAAGAAAGGGAGACGAAGCUCGCCAUUGCAAGUGGUCAAAUUUAACCGUGUAUUCCAGUUUUUUGGUGCAACGAAAAUUCUGCGAUCGUUACGUCGAGGUGUAAGAAAUAUUAACGAAUGUUGCGAUGAUUCAUUUUCACGCCCGUAUCGGUGAGAAUAAUCUGAGAUAUUUCUUUUGGCAAUGUAAGCUUCGAUAAGUUAAAGGAAAUUUGUAGUAACGAUUGAAAAGCGUAACGCGAGCCGGUUAUGCUGUUCUCGAAUCGCUAAAUUCUGAGAUCGUGAACAUAUUGUUUACGUUCUACCGCGAUUCAAAUGCAAGAAAAGAAACGUGCACGAUUCAACGUCGAAAAUCUACAUUUGACGUGUUAACAAGUUCUAGUACUGAUUAUUAACGUCGCCUACUGGGUCGUAUGAUUUUUGUACUUAAUGCAAAACAUAACCUCAACGCGAGUAGUACAAUGUACUUAUUGUAAACUGAAACCUGCUUUGAAUUCAACUCUGAUCAAUUAAACGAGGAAGAGAAUUUCGAAAAUUUACUUUCACGAAUUACUGUUUGAAACGAGUCGGCGUUUUGUACUUAACUUUUGAUCUUGGAAAGGGAGCACUGUGCCGGCAUUGCCUGUUUAUCGACAGUGUGCAGAAUUCAGUGGUGGAAAAUUUGUUUUUUGAGUGCAUAAAUGAUCAAGUGAAACACUUUCUGAUAUUAACAAUUUUUUGUUGAAACGAAGAAAACGGAUACUUGGAAACAGACACAGAUACCGGAACGGUUAUCAACGUAAAUCAACGGCUUCGCUUUCGAUAAUUUUACAGACCGUGCAGCACGUCGUAUCAAGAUUCCUCGAUGGAGAGUUCCGGUGGUGACAAACAGAACGAGUCGGACGAUUGUGAUGUGACCGCCAAUAAUCAGCACGAGAACAAGAUGACGGGUCAAGAGGACACCAACGUGAAGGGGAACAAGAACCUCGGCGAACAGGAGACGUUGAAGAACCUGAAGAAUCUAGAGAACAGCCAGAAUGACGAGGCUCCGAAUAAAUUAUCGAAGGCGGUGUCCCAGGACGACGAGGAGGACGAGGACGAAUGUAAAGGCUCCGACGAGGACGAGCUGAAAGAGGAGAAAACCGACGGUAAAAAGGACGAGGAAUCGUCGAGUAGCACCACGUCGACGAGCACGUCCGACGACGAGUCCGAAACUAGUUCGGAUGACAAGACAGAGGCUUCGAAAACCGAGCAAAUCAAGACGGUGGCGGCUGAAACCAAGAAAGAGGAAACGUCGAAGAAUGACGACACCACCGACGACAGCGAUAUCGAGGAUGAUUUGAUCUCUGCUAUUAAUUAUAACACUAUUACCUCGUUGGCUGCUCUCAAGGAUAUGCUGCAAUCCUCUGGCGAGGAUUCCGACGGUGUGGAUAGCUUUUUUCAUCACUAUUUUCUGUCGCACGUGAACAGGUUACCUUCCAGAAAUCAGACGCAUAGUCCCUAUCCUUGGGGCAGGAGGUUGUCGGAAUGCAGGGAGGAGGACGAAUACGAAACUGAAGAAGGGAAAAAUGUGGAAAGUUCGAUCGCGGAGACCGCGAGCGAGACCAAAAAAGAGACCGCGAAAAACGAGGAGCCCGAGGAGAAGAACGAGAGUGUUUCCUCGAAAGCAUCUAGUCCGUCAGCUUCCGAAAAGUCUAGUUCGGAGAAGAUCGAUCAGAAAUCGAAUGCAGCAACCACUGCGUCCGAGUCGAAAACGAGCGUCGUUUCAACGGUAACGACGACGGCAGCUUCGACGACAACGUCGUCGAUGACAACGUCGACAAGCACGGUGACGACUACCAGCUCUUCGAGAUUCACCACGUGCACCGUUACCUCGCCCACGUCGACCACGAAGCCCCCGUUGAGGAGGAGACACACCACGGGACCCGGGAUGACCUUUCCUGCAACCGAUCCACCUAGUUACUCGACCAGCAUGACCUUCUCGAGAACCAGCCCUCUUCCUAGUCCCCAUCUCGAUAAGAGGUUCUUCGAUAGCAGUUUGAUCGAGAUGAAGAGCCAGGCCAGCAGCUCCAGUACUCUGGAUUACGAUUCUACCGAGGAAGUGUGGGUUCGAAGGGUGGAUUUCGUUCAGGAAAGGAAGAGAAAGGAACUUGGAUCACAACCAUUGCCAACGAUCGUCACCGAAGAUACGGAUACUUCGAACCAUGCUUCUCAAGAUCAGGGUCACAGGCCUCGGGCAGGUACUUGGGGAUCACAUUCGAGGAGCAUCAGAAAACCAACUUCUGGAAGUGCUCCUGGCUCUGGUAAAUCGACACCUCUUCCGCAGCAGGCUGAACCCUCGAGUUCUUCAAGUUCGAGCAAAGGUGGCAGAAAAGCUUCCGGAACACGAUCUGGAUCAACUAGCCGCAGUAAUAGUCGUAGUAAUAGCGCCGAGCGUAGAAGAAGUGGUGGUACUGUCGAUGACACUGCUAGUCCUACCAAAAAACCAGCACUCUUCGAUGCCUUUAGACCAAGGAGUAAAUCUGAUGCUAGCAAAAGAAAACCCAGUAUUAUAGCCAAUAUGAAAAGUGCUGUGCAGCAUUCGUUGCACAGAGGUUCACACGGAAGUUCAACAACAGAUAUACGUACCGACAAGGAUCACCAUAGGGAUAGUAAGGAUCACAAGGAAGGUAGAGAGCCUGUUGGACGUCCACGAGCUGGUUCUGAAAGUAGCAGAAACCCUGUGAGCAAAGUUAUGGAUCUCAUUAGACAUAGAAGCCACAGCGCCCUUAGUUCGGACGACAAACGUAAACUCCGCUGGAUGCCCGAACGUCUUCCGCAACAGCCAGGGAACUCGAAGAGUCCCAAAAGUCAUCAGAACACAUCCAUUUGUCCGAAGAAAGUCUCGAAGAUGCACGGGAUAAAUCAUUUAUUAUCGCAUCAUGGCUCCCAUAACGGCGACACGAGAACAGCCCACCAUCAUCAAGACCCGAAGAGCUCGUCCGCGUCGGACGCCAGACAGCAGAACACCAAGAUCCUGCAGGAACUGUUAAACCAUAAACACAUACAGAAGCGGAUAUCUCGCGGUUCAGUUAGCUCGACUUACUCUUACGGUUCUUCCACGUCCUACGGUUCCUCGCACGGAUCUAACUCUUCGAAUCACAGUUCCUUGCUGCACGGUGUGCACAACCACUCGGUGUAUCACACGAUUCACGGGAACAGCCACUACGGCCAUCACCAGUCGAACCAUCACCACUAUCACAACCACCAUCAUCCUCUUCAGCAUAUUCACCAGUUGCACCAAACGAGCAGCGGUAGAGCGUCGCCCACGUCGCCGAGUCCGACCGGGGAUCACGAGAAGCAGCAUCAUCACCAUCAUUAUAGCAUUCAGGAGAUGAUACGUCAUUUCGGGAGGCGUUUGGGGCACAUGAGGAGACAGAGCGAGUGCCAGGAUCCGCCCAGGAAGAAGGAGGAAGAUUUUCGUAACAGAAGCCAGAGUUUGGACGGUGGGGCGAGACACCCGAGCCUGAGGGACGCUGAUUGCGAGACCACCUACAGAAUCUACGAAAGUAUACUCAGGCAAGGAGCACUCAGAAGAAGUUCUUUGGAUCCUGGUGCAAGGAGAUUCUCUUUGGGUACACCUGCGAUCCCACAUAGAGCUUCAGACGCUUGCUUAGACCCCGUGCACGCUGCCAUCCUCUUCAGGGAUUCCAGAGGGCUACCAGUGGUAGAUCCGUUCCUGGAAAAAGUUUCGCUCUCUGAUCUCGAGGAGGACGAAUCACAGAUUUUCGUGAAGUUCUUCAAAUUUCACAAAUGUUACGACCUAAUACCGACCAGUGCCAAACUGGUCGUUUUCGACACCCAUCUCCUUGUCAAGAAGGCCUUCUUUGCUCUGGUUUACAAUGGUGUGAGAGCUGCACCACUAUGGGACAGUGCAAGACAAGAAUUUGUUGGGAUGUUGACUAUAACAGACUUUAUAAAAAUCUUACAAAUGUACUAUACCAGCCCAUCUGUAACAAUGGAUGAAUUGGAAGAACAUGAGCUAGAUACAUGGAGAAAAGUCUUAAAGGAUGAGGUUCAUCCAUUAGUGAGCAUUAGUCCAGAUGCAUCCCUGUAUGAGGCCAUUAAAACAUUAAUUCAGAAUAGAAUUCAUCGUUUGCCUGUGAUAGACCCAGACACUGGAAAUGUUCUAUAUAUCUUGACACACAAACGAAUUCUUAGGUUCCUCUUCCUUUAUAUACAUGAGCUACCAAAACCAUCAUUCACUGAUAAAACAUUGAGGGAGUUAAGGAUAGGUACAUUUGAAAAUAUAGAAACAGCAACAGAAGAAACUAGCAUAAUUUUAGCACUCAAGAAAUUUGUUGAAAGGAGAGUUUCAGCAUUACCAAUUAUUGAUUCUGAAGGGAAGUUGGUUAACAUUUAUUCAAAGUUUGAUGUUAUUAACUUAGCUGCAGAAAAAACAUAUAACAAUUUAGAUGUUUCAUUACGUGAAGCAAAUGAACACCGUAAUGAAUGGUUUGAAGGAGUUCAAAGUUGUAAAUUAGAUGAAACCCUGUUUACUAUUAUGGAAAAAAUUGUUAGAGCAGAGGUUCAUAGGCUAGUAGUGGUUGAUGAAGAUGAUAAAGUGAUUGGUAUAAUUUCUCUAUCUGAUCUACUCUUCUACCUCGUUCUUAGGCCUUGUGGUGAAGAUGGCAGUAGCAAUAAAGAUAGUUCUAUUUCGUUAAGAGCACAGGAUUCUAUUACAUCAAAGGCACCAAGUUCUGCACAGUCGGAGUCCUCUAUUCCCGAUGGUGAAGCAGAAGGUGAUCAAGACACAGCUGAAGUGACUCAACCUGAAGAGGCAACCGCAACACCUAGUCCACCGCUGAGUCCCGCAACGUCAGAUAUUUCUGAACCGCAGUCUGCUUUAGUAAAUCAGUCACAGGAAUCCGCUUGGAGAGAAGUAACUGUGUCAGGAGGAGAAUGAGGAAAUGCCAUCUUAGCGUGCUAUUAAGCACGAAAUUGUGAAUUACGUACGACUUUAACGUCACAAUUUUCAAUGCAAAAGCAGCAAACAGCGAACGAAUAAGCAUACUAUUUUUCGUCUGUUCUUAAUGCUUGUAUUCCCCUGCACUUAAGAAUUUGCGAAAAAAAAAAUCAUUGUUCUGUGCUCCUUCGAUCAGUUUAUGUCACAAAAGAUAACUGUUAUCAGAAAUAACUAAGUCACGCUGAGCGAGAAAAUAGCGAAAGAUUUACUGGACGCGACGAAUAACGAUGAUGCAUCACCUGCAUAUUGUAUAAAGUUGAUUAAGCUUAAUUUUUUAUGGUACAAACGCUACUCAGCAUAGACGUUCAAGCUUCUUGCCAGGAACGAUUGCUACGCCAUUAUCUGCUCAGGGUAUAUUUCCACACCCUUUCUUCAAUCGUACGCUGGAAAUGUUUUACAAUAUUGAGAAGAAACGAAUACUUGUUUCAUCUUUUACAUUUGUAACCGUUACUAUGCUCUAUUGACGGAACCUUCGUAUUUUAUUUCUGAUCAAAGAUUAUGAAGUAAUUUUACUUUAUUUACGUGAAAUAGCUUAAUGAACGUGCCGACGAGACACGAAACGAGCGUAACCGUGUAUCGAAGAGUGCUCCAUAAUUAAUAAAUAUGGACCUCGUUUACAGAGGCCUUCCACGCUUUUUCCUGACAGGAACGAACGCUACAGUUUUAAGCAAAUGUCUACAUAUGUAUUAUCCUGUAUGCUUAUCUACGAAAAAAAAAUAGUUUCUUGUUCGUGAACUAUCGCGUUAGAUGUUUCAAUAUUAGAAACCGACGUGCAUAAUAAAUAAUUCUGUUUUAAAUGAUUGCACAGCAUGUGAUACAUUUUACAAAAAAGAAAAGCAACAAAAAAAAGAACAAAAACCACGGUGCUUUUGAUUUUGCAUUAAUAACCGAUUCUGAUGUAGCUACUAAACGGAAAUAGUACGCAUGAAAUAACUAAUGAACAGGAAAAGACAAAUAAUAAUUACAAUCUGUAAAAUUGAUUGUGUUGUCGUGCAAGUUAUGUGAUGUAUCUGCAACAGGACAUUUAUGUUCAGGAAAGGUAUACUUAAAUGAAUUCAAUUUUAUGUUUUUAAAACUUUAACGUUUAUUGCUUUAUGUAUCUUUAUUUUUUGAAUUAUUUGAAACGGAAAUAUAUAAUGAAAUAUUAAAAGGCCUACAGACCGUUAAAAAGGGAAACGAUUUAGUCUUGAGCAUACGCUGCCAAUAAUUUUUUAGUCAAUACUUUGAAAACGAAGUUACUGUGGUAUAUUAAAAUUAUUUACAAACGAAUUCAAUCAUGGACAUGUUUAUUGUACAUUUACUUUACAUUUGUGUAGAUAUACGUUUAUUUAAUACCGCUUCUUUAUGUACGUUUGUCAUGUUUGUAUCUGUUUUACAUGAAGUUUUUAUGAAUUAACUAUAUUACCUUUGUAAAUUUUCUUUUGGAAUAGAAGACACGAAAACGCGAUGCUUUUAUAUGAUUUGUGACCACAUUUUGUAUAUUUAUGUAAUUAUUAAGAAGGAUGUAACUAACAUCACGUAAGACAUGAAUGGAACAUUUUGUAAUUAUGUUUUAUAUUGUUAUUAAUUGUUGUAUACAGGGCUGGCGCGAAACAGAUUAACAGAGAUUCCACACGAAAUUGAGAACCGAGUUAAUCAUUUUGAUUUCAAUACCAACUUUCAAGCGUUCCGAAUUAAAAACUUACAUUUAUGUAUUUAUAUAAAUUUUUUGGAUCCAUGCAAUUUUAUCGUUCUAAUGUUCGCGUCAGUCUUGAUUACAUGUGAAGAAAAAAAAAGAAAAUGGUUAAUUUUAGAGACCAUAGAAAUUACUUCUUAUUAAUAUUUGUUAUAUUGAAUUUAAUCUUCUGUUAUGUUUGUGUAUCAUCCAUAAAUAGCGAAAGCACCAAUAUUGAAUUUUAUUUGAGAAUUGUAUGAAACUCCACUCAACGUAGAAUGACAGCGUUUCAAUAGCGAAUUGUAUGAGUGGCAGAAGGCAUUCCUGUACAAACACGAUCAAUUAAAACUGUUUCUUCUUGAGGGAGACUUUGUUUUACGCUUAACUGCACGAAAGAGAUGGAAUUAUAAAUUAUGCAGAAAUCUGCAUGUUACACCUAUAUGUGGAAGUUUGUAAAUAAAUGGCCUCUGUGCCAAGGAAUACUAUUUUCCUUUUUGGCGCAAAGUUCCAUUUUAUCUGUAGAAAUAUGGGUAAAACACUCGAAAUCUUGAAGGGGACAGUGCCUGUAAUUUAGUAAAUUUAUUCCUAGGUACGUUUACGAGGAUAAGAGAUAAAUAUUCCAUUUCAAAUAAAAGAAAAGAAGCGCAGUCAGGAUAAAAGCAAAUUUACGUUAGUAUUAAUUAACAAGAGGCGUAGUGGACAAUGAUUUUUGUACAGCUGACAAAAUAUAGCCGAAUAAGAGUUUAGUGUGCUGUAGCUGCGAACAUUAUUUCCUUUUAGUACAAAAUGCGUUUCAACUGUUGCAAGUUGUCACGUUCACUUUUUCUAGUUUCUAGAUAUAAAAAAUUACAGUAGCCUAUAUCCUGCAGCGCGUACGAUUUCAAUAUUUAUCACAAUUAUAUUGACAAUUAAAAACAGGGACGGUGCAGAGCUCCCUGGUCCAUAAAAAAUUUGUGAAUUUUUGGGGGUGCGUAAUUUCAUGGGGAUAUACGGGUACUUAUAAAAUUUAUAAUUUAUUUAUUUGGCCCUGCACAAUUGUUAAACUCGACCCCAUGAAUGUUCGUGCCGGUCCUAACUAAAUGACUCUGAUAGAAAACAAAGAUCGCGUCGAUAAUUAUUGAAGAAAUUGAAGUUGAUACGCGCUGUAUUUUGUGAACCAAAACAAUAUAUAGACAAGGUAUUAAGAAUAAAUUGUACAAUAAAGAAUUAAUCCAAUAAUUAGGCAGUACACUUAGUCGCGUCUCAGUACUGUAUAUCCAGGGCAAGAGUAAUUAGCAUAUUAUUUAUGUCCCUUGUACAUGUAAGUUACAAAUGAAAAAAAAAAACGAAUUGCUGAGUGACAAAAUACAUCAUAACAGAAACAUUUUA